AUGGAUGUGGUAGCGGUAGAGGGGAUGUCUCUGCCGGGUAUCCGACUCCGGAAUCGGCCGACGCAAGUGAUGCCGAACCAGAAGAAGGUCAAAGCGAGGCGGAAAAGGCGAAAGGAGUUGGUUUUGAUCCAGAUAUGCCUGUUUGGCGGCUUGCUUCUGGUCGUGAAGGGGUUUUCCUACUUAGCGGAAAAUUCAGGUUUCGACAUCUCCAGCCAGAGCAGCGAGGACCAGGAGAGAUGGGGAGGAAGGAGGCUGCUGCAGGAAAUGGACAACAGCAGCCUGGAGGAACUAGAGAGUGAAGGAUCUAAGAACUGCACUGCUCCAGCUCUGCACGAGUUCCCCACAGACCUGUUCACACACAAAGAGCGAACAGAAGGAGCUGUGGCCCUACAUGUCCUGUGUACCAUUUACAUGUUCUGUGCCCUGGCUCUCGUUUGUGAUGACUACUUCGUCCCCUCCCUGGAGAAGAUAUGUGAGCGUCUCCAUCUCAGCGAGGACGUAGCAGGUGCGACCUUCAUGGCCGCUGGCAGCUCGGCUCCUGAGCUCUUCACGUCCGUCAUAGGGGUUUUCAUCACUAAAGGUGACGUGGGUGUGGGGACCAUUGUGGGCUCAGCCGUCUUCAACAUCCUCUGCAUCAUCGGUGUGUGUGGCUUCUUCGCCGGCCAGGCUGUGAAGCUCUCUCACUGGGCUCUGCUCCGAGAUUCCAUUUAUUACACAUUUUCUAUCAUAGCCCUCAUUGCGUUCAUCUACGAUGAGAAGGUGUGCUGGUGGGAGUCUCUUGUCCUGAUUCUCAUGUAUGCAGUCUACAUCCUCAUCAUGAAGUUUAACGGCAGGGCUCAUCGCUAUUUUGACCGUCGAAAGAAGAGCUCCGUGAAUCUGGCCAAUGGGCUGACAGGAAGCACUGAUCUGGAGGAUAACGUCACAUGUGAUGCUACCGCGGUUCUGCUCAAGAAAGCUAACUUCCACUGUAAGCCGUCAGUGCUGAUGGUAGAUGAGCUGCUGUCUGCAUACCCCCACCAGCUGUCGUUCUCUGAGGCCGGCAUGAGGAUCAUGAUCACCAGUCAUUUCUCUCCAAGAACCCGCCUCACCAUGGCCUCUCGCAUGCUGAUCAAUGAGAGACAAAGACUGAUCAACACGACAGAGACUCGAGUCAACCGCAUCACCAACGGUGAUUCGGACUCAGCGGCCAGGGCUCAGGGGAGGCGGGGCUUAGAGAAUGGCAUGGGCGGGGCUGAGCAGGGUCUGAAUGGAAGGUGCAGGCUUCAGCGGCUGGAGUCUGGGAACGAGACAGAGAACGAAAAUGAGGAUAACGAGAACAAUGAGAACGACGAGGAGAGAGAGGGAGAAGAUGACAGUGGAGGCCCCCUGGUGCCAUUCAAGGUCCCAGCUGGAGCGUGUAACAAGCUGAAGUGGCUGUUCAUGUGGCCGCUGUCCCUGCUUCUGUUCUUCACCGUGCCCAACUGUGCCAAGCGGCGCUGGGAGAGAUGGUUCAUGGUGUCCUUCCUCACCGCCACCAUCUGGAUUGCUGGUCUCUCAUACAUCAUGGUGUGGAUGGUGACUGUGAUCGGCUUCACUCUCGGCAUACCUGACGUCAUCAUGGGCAUCACCUUCCUGGCGGCAGGCACCAGCGUCCCAGAUUGCAUGGCUAGUGUUAUAGUGGCACGGCAAGGUAUGGGAGACAUGGCCAUCUCCAACUCCAUAGGCAGUAAUGUGUUUGACAUCCUGGUGGGCCUAGGCCUGCCCUGGGCGCUGCAAACACUCUGCAUCGACUACGGCUCCAACAUCCAUCUUAACAGCAGAGGUCUCAUAUUCUCUGUUGGACUCUUACUAGCCUCAGUAUUCUUCACAGUUCUCGGUGUCCAUUUAAACAAGUGGACUCUGGAUUGGCGACUGGGCUUGGCCUGCCUUGUCAUGUACGCCAUCUUUCUGUGCUUCUCCAUCCUCAUCGAGUUCAACGUCUUCAUCUUCGUCAAUCUUCCCAUGUGUCGAGACAUCCACUGACCCCCCUCCUCUUCUUCUUCUUCCUCUUCUACUUCUACUUCUUCCUCUGGCUGGUGGAGGAAACCUCACCUGGCUUCCAGUUUCUUGGCACCUUGGAACCAAGUCCUACCUUUUAUUUUUCCAAAUAGAAAAAUAGAGAUCUAUAUGAUUUAUCUUUGGUGCAAUACACACGAGAGAGAGAGAGAGAGAGAGAGAGAGGACACCGGAGGUUUGGGUUUUUUUGGGGGGACCAGAGAGGUGGCACGAAGAGAAAGUCCCAGCAGCAGUGAUUGCUGCCAAUCGUCUAAUGAACCGAAAGGUUGGCUGGAGUGAACUUAACUGUAUUAACACCGACAGUUAGGCUACUGUUGGUGAAGAAGCUGCUACUGUAACUGACUGACUGGAGGAAAGAGAGAAAUCCUGCGCUAACAGCGAUUUUUAGCUGGAUUGUUUGUUACUCUUUGUACAAGUUUGGAUAUAAGCACACGAUUAAGGUAUUUUUAAGUAAAAACUGGCUUUCUCUGUAUAUAUUUGAGGAUUAUAUAAGUACUAAUAUUAGCUGAUAUAUUGGACUCUCUUAUGCACAACUGGAUCAGUCUUGCAAAGCUGAAUGAUCCGAAGCACCCUGUGUUUUAUGUUAGUGAUUCGGUCUGCCAGUAACACUCUCAGAAUGCUUCAACAUGUCUCCCAUGCUCAGUACCAGCCAACUUAGCAUGCUGUACUAGCCACAAGUCAACUCUAGCUUUGCACUGACAGAGAGAAUCUAGAUAUUUAACACUAUUCAUAUAGAGUCUAUUCGUGUUUGUUUUUCUGUCUCUCUACAGGCAUGUCCAAGUAGAUGUGGGCGUUAUUGUUCUUCAGUAAAACCCACAUAAGAAAGGGAUCUCCCUGGAACUGACAUCCAGCACUGUCACUUUAUGGAUUAGAAAUAUUAUUCUAUCAUUGCAAGGCGUCUACAGGUACUCUAAACAUGUAACUACUGAAGUUAAAGUUCCCUCUAGACGGUAGACCUCCUGUGCUAUACUAAAGAAUUAGUUUUUAGUCUCUGAGUUGAAUAUAACGUUGUUACUUCUUAAAGCCAAAAGUAUUUUUAGAAUAGAAGUAAGAGUCAUAGAUUUGGAAUUUAAGAGUCAGCUCGAGUGCACUGUGUGUGUGUCUGUGUGUGUCUAUGUGUGUGUUUGUGUGUGCGUGCAAGAGUGUGUGUGUAUGUGUGUGUGUGUCACAAUCUUUAGGGGAGCCAAGGAUACCACUGUUACUGGGAAGACAUAAUCAUGAUUUAUUUAUGAAUUAAUUUAUUCAAAGAUCAUGUCUAACCUCCAGUUUCAGCCCUUUGGGUCAUGUACAGUGUAUUAAAUGGAACACUCUCCGCUCUUUGUUGACAGAGCUGUACAAUGUACUGUACCUAAUAUAUAAUCUAAGUACUGGAAACUGACUUGAUGUUGUUUAUAUUUAAGAACUUAGAACUUUAUAAUUUAUCGGUUUUUGUAUAGUUUGGAAAAGAUAUUGCCACAUUUGUUUAUUGGUGCAAACACAGUGAUCUUUGAAGAUGGUGCACGGCCAGGGUGGGUUGUCAUGGAGAUGUUUGUGUUUCAGUGAGAUGGACUGAAAAUGCAGUCUUUAUCACCGGGGUAGGAACCUAAGCCUCCCCCUGCGUGUUAAAUUAAUGAUGUAAAUGAUUCACUUUCAGGGGAACAGGAUAUUAAUGGCACAUGACCCUUUGAACUCUCACAGCGUAUUGUUUCUUAAACACAGUUGCUUGAACUCUUGUGCCAUCUCUUGGAUUGGAGGCUUCUAAACCGAGGUGUGAGGCCAUUCUCCUGCUUGUAUUUGAGCCAAAAAAAAAAAAAAAAACCCCACCUUUGUCAGCAGUAUUGCCACUCUGUUUUAGCAUGUGUUCGGACAAAAUGUGGAAGAUACGUAUUUUUAUUUUAUUUUGUUUUUACCUUGGAGGAUUCUCAUGCUGAUAGAAUUGCUGAUUAAUUAAAAGCGUCCUCUGCAGGUGUUGAUGCGCCUCCUGUGGCCACGAGAGGGCGCUGUAGAGUUGUGUUUCACCCUCAGAGAUGGCUGUUCUUUUACACACACACACGCAGUAGAAAGUGGUUUGGGUAUAUUUUCAGGUAGGCUACAUAGAGAAAUACUGGUCGGUUUGCAUGCCUCUUUCAUAAUUCCAAUUAUUUUGUGUGUAAUUUUAAUGCAUUUCCAAGAUCAAAAAGGCACUGUCUUGAUUAUGCUGUACAUAUCAGGGGGAUAUGCUAUUAUAAACACAGACGUUUGAAUAACUUCUGAUGAGCAGUUAUAUUUGAGAUAUAUACAGUAUGUAGAAUGUAGGCCUACAGCAGUUAGUUUCCAGCUAAUUAAUGUCGUUUUAUGCUCAUGUCUUUUGAAUUGUUUGUAAAUCCUCCUUUUUGUUGAUGAGGAC